AUGAAAGCCCUUCACACCUACGCUGUCAUUCUCACCCCCUUCACCCUUGUGCUGGGAAUGUUAAUGAGAGUCUGCCAAAUUGUUACGCAGUCCUCUUUCCAUAGGUCUUAUCACAGUCUCUCUCUUGCGCCGAAAGAUCCGUCUGCUCUCUUCCUGGUCUACAUAUUUCACUCGACCGCUGCCGCCCCAUCUGUGCUGCUCGAGGCGUUAUUCGCCCUACCCUGCUUCUGGGUGACUAAUUAG